UACCGUUGCAAAGGCCAUACCCUGAUCAACAACACAAAGUAAACAAACCUUCGCCUCGCUCUUCUAGAAAUUCUCUCGACAUCCUAGUGUUCAGACAAUGGAUGAGAAUGAUGAGGAGCUUGAAGGCAGCAUGAGGGAGGAGGGCAGCAUCACUCUGAGUCCCAGCAUGAUGAGUUCCUUGGUCAUCUCCCCUUCCAAGUCCCUGGCAUGUCCCUCACCACGAGUCCUCAGCCCCAUCAGGAAGUCCUCUGUUGCUGCUGCACAAAGGGACUAUCUGAGUGACAGGGACAGAGAGGAGGCUCACGCAGAGGACCUGUUGUUUGAGGGACACUUGGGGGACAGUCAGGAUAUACACAUUCACUCCUCAGCUGUUGUCAAGAGCUCUGAGGUUGAGUUCCCUGUCCAUUUCCAUGAGCUACAGUCAAAUACUGACCUCAAAAUGCCACCGUCCAAUUGGCUGAGGGAUCACUCGUCGAUCAGGCUGGCCAACCCCACACACAGACACUCAGACUUCUCCAGCUUUGUAAUGGCGCACCAGUUCCCAGAUUGCAUUGGGGAUGUGGAUGUUGUCUCAGACGCUGAGAACAUCAAGAAGCUGCUCAAGAUUCCCUUUAAUUCCAAGGCGCACGUCAGCAUGAUGAUUCAUCGUGUGGGAAAGACGCUGCUCAUUGACGACUUUGACAUCUACAAGUACCUCCUCCGCCAGUCUGAGAAGGAGUGGCAGUGGCUUCGCAAGUUCUUCUUUGAAAACGUCCUCCAGUCUCUUGCACGCACAGAGGCGGUGCUUGUUCGUCCAAACAAGAGCCGCGAUGUCGUGCAGAGCCGGAGUUUGCUGUCCAAGUUCCUCUACCACAGUGUGAAUGAGGAAGCUUGUCCACCAAGCCCACCCCCUCGACCCGUCACUGAGAGCCCCGUGUCAGUCCGAAGGCCGUCUCUGAUAAGCAGCAGUAGCACGGGGGAGGUGAUGCCCGAGCCAACCAUGGAAGAGCAGCUGCCCCAAGCCUCCAGUCAGGCCUUCACGCGCACUGUGGUCUGGGAUUUUGAGGAUCUGCACAUGCUCAUAGGGACUGAUCUGCCCAUUUUUGGAGGAGGAACCCACCCCUGUGUGUCCCUGCGCCUGAGGGACAUGAGCAAGCCCAUCAGCAUCCUUACUGGCAUUGACUACUGGCUGGACAACUUGAUGUGCAAUGUGCCAGAGGUCAUUAUGUGCUAUCACCUGGAUGGCAUUGUGCAGAAGUAUGAGCUGAUCAAGACGGAGGAUCUGCCACACAUGUGUGAGAACCAAUUUUCCCCAACCCUGGUGCGUGAUGUGGCACAAAACAUCCUGGCUUUCCUCAACAGCAAGGCCACCAAGGAGGGACACACCUAUUGGCUCUUCAAGGGGAAGGAUGAUGAUAUAGUAAAGCUGUAUGACCUGACCUCACUGUGUCUGGAGGACCACAUGUGUGUUGACACCAGGGAGGAGGAGGAGAUCCCAGCACAGGACCCGGGGAACCCUUUCACUGUCCCUGUGGCAAUGCUCUUCUACCGAGUGGCCAAGAACAUGCGAGCCUCUGAGGACGCCAACAAGAAGAUUGCAUCCAUCCGAGCAUUACUGAAGAAUUCUCUCACACUUCUGGAUAAAGACAAGUUUCCCAAGAUUGUUUCGUCAGCUCACUACAUGCUGUCUGAUCUCUACGUGCCCCAAGACAUUGAUCCUGACUCCCCAGUGUUGUCUGACUGCAGUGACGAGGACAGUGAAUGGUCCUCAGUUCAUGGCAGUGAUGACGAAGACUUCUGUGAGGAACAAGAGUCUCAGUCGGUUACUCCCUCCAACCCAAGCUCCUCCAUCAAGUUGUCCUCUUUGUGCAAGCCAUACAUCAGCAAAACACAGUCCACCUACUACAAAGCUCCACCACUUCUUGGCACCCUGGAGGAACGGUGCUACACAGCACUGAGCCAUGUAUGUGAGGCCCUGGAAUGCCUGCACACGUCCCAGAGCAGGGAGAAGGAGCAUGGCAAAGGCAAGCAGGGCAGCGAGUCCCCGUCCUCCUCCGUCAAUCAGUCCCGGAGCACAAGCCAGAGCCAGGAGGAACCCAAGAUGGCGCGUCCCUUCCACCCCAUACCAAUGCCUUAUUCACCUCUCAAUGCUCACAGUGACAGCACUGAGGACAAGGGCAAGGCUCUGGUGGUGUCCAGCGAGUCACCGCAGAGGAGGGAGUUGACGGUGUCUGUGCUGAGCCAGCAGUACUGUGUUUCCAGCUGGUGGGACAAGCUACAUGUCCUGCUGCUGAGGAAGGCAUCUCUUGUGUAUCUGGUGAUGGCCAGGAACAGUUUUAAUGCCAAGAGGUAUGGGCUGGCCUUGAGGUACUCCAGGUUUUCCACACAUGCUUGGCACGGCAUGGUGUGCAGACUUGGCCUGCAGGUGGGGGAUGUCCCUCUGCCUUGCUCAGCCCUGACACUAGCUGGAGACAUCUUCUACAUGGUGUCCAAGGCGUGGAAUGAGGUUGCCACGCACAUUGAUGAGUACAACACUGUGUCCUCUGUGCAUGAGAAAAUCCUGACACUUCUGGAUCAUAUAUUGCCAGCUCAAGAAUGCAUCCGAACCAUCAAGGUGCCGUGUGAUGUGGAGGAAGCCUUGACCCUCAGCCUGACUUGCUUUGAUGAGGCGCUGCUGGUGGCUGACCCUGAGGCUGAGAUGCUCCUUGCUCGACGGCUGGGGAACGUCUGCAAUGAACUCGGUGUGAUGUACAUGAACCAGGCUGGAAAGCUGUGUGAGGAGGAGAAGAUUGGAUUCAAGGGAGCUGAGGAGCUGUGGAAGAAGAGUGCUGAGGUGUUGUGUCGCGGAUUGCAGAGCUUUGAAAAGGUGAAGGAUGUAGCUAAUGUGGCACUGCUCCUCUCUAACACUGGGCGCCUUAUGCGACUGUGUGCCUUCCACUCCGUCCCCAAGGAUGAGCCGCGCCAGUUUGUCAACCCUGAGCGGCUUUACUACGAACAGGCACUGAAGGAGUACCAGAAGGCAUUGGAAGUGCUCAAAUCCAGGAAGAAGAAUGAGGAGAUCUGGGAGUUGGUGGUGUGGGAAUAUGGCACCACCCUUUACACCAUGGCAUCCCUACUGCAGGAUCACCCACCCCUUAAGCCACAGGGAGGAAAGGAUAUUGCCCGAGAGGUGGUGGAGCUCUUCACUAAGGCUCUCAAGUACUGUGAUGUGAAAACUCCAGGUGCUCGCCAGCCUCUCUACCAGUACAGGGCAGCAGUGGUGUACAUGAGGCUGGCCAGCAUAUACCACAACAGUGUGAGACAAGGUCAAGGGGACAUGAAGAAUAUAAGACAUCUGGCAGAAUUGAACUACAAGAAGGCAGCUGCUCUGUUUCUGCUGCUGGACAAUCCCAUAGAUAUCCUGAAGGUGCAGCUGGACCAGGCAGUGCUGAUAGAGGACCACUUGCAAGGAGUUCACAAUCAGCAGCUGAUGAUGAAGCUGCACCUGUCAGUCAUCCAGUUGUUGGUGGACUGCAUUCCAGCUCUGAAGACCAGUCAGUCCCUCAUCCAAGCCAGAAGCAACCCAAGACCCUGCAGCGAGACCACUCAGGUUCCUACUGAUGCCACCCAGACCAGGCAGGGGGAGAAUACCAGCACAGAGGACACCAGCAGCCACAGGGGAAGUAGCAGUAGGGAAAGCAGCUCUCCACGGACAGAGGAGGAAGAGAACCUGGACAAAAUUCAGGAGCUCUUGGUUGUGUUUGAGAAGAAGCUGCAGAGUUCCCUGAUGGCACUUAUAAAGAUACACUCUACAGGGAGGUCGUCCAAGAAGGGGAACCCUCUUGGAUCAGACCUGAGCCUACUGAAGCAGAUGUACAGUCUGAGCCUCAACCAGCAGUCAUUGCCUCGCAUCACCCACCUGUUGACUGCCACCUCGGCCCUGCUGCCUCUUCUCAAACAGAUCACCACACACAGAUAAUGCUGAUCAUGAACCUUUGUCCUGGUGCAGUGAGGAGUGCUGGGUCCUCAUCUUGUCACCACCAGGAUAAUUCUUUCACCUGGUAUAGUGAGGAGUGCUGGGUCGUCAUCUUGCCACCACCAGGAUAAUUCUUUGACCUGGUGUAGUGGGGUAGUAGGUCCUCCUCUUGUCGCCACCAAACAAUUAUUUUCUAUUUUUCCACAUAACUAGUGAGGUAUUUAUUUUUGUGUUACCUAAGUAAUAUAUCAAAAUCAUUUACCUAUGAGUGGUAGAUUCUUACCUUUGUUCUUCAUGUUGUUAGUGUUAAGGUAAUGAAGUCCUUUAUUUUUGUGUCAUGGGGGUAUUAGAAAGUCUUUGUUUCUUCCCUCUUUGUUUUUCAUCUUGUCAGUAUGAAGAUAUUUUUGUGCGUCACCAGUGGUUUUUAAUAUUUUUUUAUUUAUCUAUUUCCUUUAUUUAUUUGUAUUGAUUAUUGUUAUUAUUAUUAUUAUUAUUAUUAUUAUUAUUAUUAUUAUUAUUAUUAUUAUUAUUAUUAUUAUUUUUAACUUUUUUGUUAUUAUUUUAUUUUAUUUUAUUUUUUUCUUUUUGUGUGUGUGUAUUGUCAUUAUAUUGAGUCCUUGUCUUCUCUUUUCUCUUAAACCAUGAGGAAGAUUUAUUUUUCUCUUUUCCUCAUGAUUUUCUCUUUUCAGUUUCAUAACAAUUACAACUUUUCUCUCUUCUGUUUCAUCAAGAAUGCGCAUUGUUUUUGUCGCAUGCAUCAAGAUCUUUAGUAACCUUCUCAUCUCCAUUGUAUAUAUCUAUCCUUUCAUAAAAAAAAAUUCUUUCAUAAUUAUGGCUGUGUACAUUUUUUUUUUUUUUACUACAUUUAUAGGGAUGUCAAUUCUUUAAUUUUCAUGUUCAUGCCUUCAACAAGAAUCCAUUUUUGUCUGGCUGUGUUUAUUUUUUUUCAGUAUCACCACCACUAGCUUUACAGGGAUGUCUUUUGUAGAUGGUUGUUCAUAAUUGAGAUGUGAUAUUUUUCAUGAAUCUUUUCAAAAUGCCAUCCACGAGAUAUUCUUUAUUAAGCUCCAUUUAUUUGGCUAGAUAUUUUAAGAUUAUACAUGUUGGCUGCGCACAUUGAGAUUUCUUCAUCUACUAUGCUGAGUUUUGGUAAAGUUUUCUUUCCCUCUUGGUUGGAAUCCGGUCUCAUCCUGAAUGCUUAAUUUCUCUCACUGGUCUGUCAGUCUAAACUUUAAUAGCACACUAUCAAACUCCAGUGUCUUAUUGAGAGAACAGUGACCAGCAUAAGAGAACUAUCAUGCAAAUAAAUUGCAUUGGUAACUAGUCCAGAGGCAGCAUUAAGUGUGACUACUCUGAGCUAUAUCCUCAAGUAUGUUCAGCCUAGACUCAAGUAUUUUACCCAUAAAAAAGGCAUUUUUAGCAAAACAACAGACAGGCUUUAGAAAUUGACUUGUAGCAUUUGAGCAGGCCAGGACAGAGAGUGAAGUAGUGUACAGUGAGCAGAUGAAGGUGACCAUUGUGCAUCUACAUCAAGUCCAUCCAAGGAAGCUGAAUUUGCCCUGCUGUGACUGACUAGUGACCACAUUCGUUAUGCAAUUCAUCAUCAGCGUUUAUGAAUCUGCUGAAUUAUAAGAUGUGUCAUACUUUAAGUUCAUUUUUAUAGAUUAAGAAUUUGUAAUAUAUGAAAUGUGUGAUGAGAAUGUGGAUGCAGUUUUGUGGGGAUGGAGGGAAAGCUGGGAUGUGUGUGUGUGUGUGUGUGUGUGUGUGUGUGUGUGUGUGUGUGUGUGCAGGUACAGUUUCAGGUGUUGGGGGAAGACCUCAGGACUUGCAUGUCUUUCUGAAGGAGGCUCAAAAUCAGAACAUGCGGGAAUAGUGAGCAGAGAGUAGUAUGUUUUCUCAUUAGGGAAGGUCUUGUGUCACUUGGUGGUUUGCUGCAAAAGAUGCUGUGCCUCCCCCUGCCUCUGUGGAGACUGGGAAGCAUGACCCACACCUAUGGCCUGUGUGUGUUGGAUCCAUUCAGGAAACAGUCUUAUUUUCUGAGACAGAUUUCUCUCUGGUCUGAACUUUGCUUACAAAUACAAUCACAUUGAUUGGUUAUAGGACUAAUAUGUACUCUAGUGGAGUGUGCUGAAGGUAUUAUUCACCUUGAUGAUGUUAACUUUGUUGAUUAAUAAGAUGUGAUGAUAUGCAUAGUAACCAAAAAAUACAUGUUUUGUAGAUUACAAAAAGGUUUUGAUUGACUUAACCUUUUUUUCAGUCUUCCAAACAUGGCAUUACCUGUUGUAAUGUAUAACUCUUCUUCAUUUGAUGCAUGUGUUGCUGUAUUGAGAGUGAGCAGAGGUGUGAUCUCUUGUCUGGAGACAUGUGUACAUGUAGUGACUGGGAGGACAGGGACCCCACAAUUACCUUGAUACCUGAUGGUCCUUGUGGUCCCAAUGCCUGAGGUGCUGCUCUUAUGUUCUGGUCAGGAGGCUUGAUCCCCAGCCCAGCAAGUGUCUCUCAGGGCUACAGAUUUAUCCUGCCUGCAGAUUAGCUUCUUGGUGCCUCUAAGGAGUGACCAAGGAGAACUUCAUAUGCAGCUGCUGUAACUGGAAAACUUAUAGUAUAAUUUAAGUAAGUCAUUGUGGCACUAUUCAAAUACUUUUAUUUUUUUCAUGCACUACUGUUUGAAAUCAUGAGUUGAACUUAAUGGAUGAAGUUUUAUUGGUGUAAAUGUUUUGCAAAGACAAAGUAAAAAAGUAAGUAAAAAAGCAGUUUCUUACAACUAUAUGCACAUUAUCAGAAUUCAGUCUUACACCAUCAAAGAAACAUCAUUCAUUUGCAUAUUUUUAUUCAAGUAUAUUUUGUGAUUUAAUUUUUCCAUUGAAUUUCUAAGGUUUAGAUAAAAUUUUGAGUUACUUAGAGCUAUGUAUAUAAAAAUACCAGGUUUUAUUGUUAUAAUAUUACCAUCAAGAAACCUCAACAUCUACCUGUUUAAUUAAUUUUCCUAAUUCAAACAGAUUUUUGGAGUUUACCAGGCUUAUCAAUAAUUCCAUUCCAUGUUAAAAUAGGUGCCUAUCCCCACAGGUUUUAGGAGCUUGGGCUGGAAGGUCAAUAUGCCCCAACACGUGACAAGACAAGAACAGGUUGAAGUUUCCCUGUUUAUCACCCAGGAGACUGUUUGUGAAAUCUGAACCCUUGAAAUGGUGCAGCUGUGAGGCCUUCUAUGGUGGUGGUGAGUGAGCAACUGCAAGGCGAGGCAUGGCGCAGGCUGGAUGACCCAAAGAUGACCCAAGGUAAGGCCACAGUUCACAAGUGAGUCUGCACAGGUGAAUCAGCUGAUCUCAUGGUGGUC